AAGAAGAACAACAUGCCGCGUCAUUUCUCCCACAGCCUGGGAAACGCCUCGAGCCUCAAACUCAACAGCCCCAGCGGUCUGGGCAUGAGCGGCAAUCCCAACGGCUCGCUGAUGUCUUCUCCAGACAUGAACCUCCUGAAGCUGUCCUCUCCAGAUCUGGAGCACCUGAUUAUCCAGUCUAACCAGGGACUGGUUACUACAAGCCCGGCUCCAAACGCGUCUGCUAAUCCCUUCAUGUACCGAAACCAGGCCACGAACGAGCAGGAGGGAUUCGCAGACGGCUUCGUCAAAGCUCUGGCCGAUCUGCACAAGCAGAACCAGCUGGUGGGGGCCCCCAUGUCGCCCUCCUCCUCCAUCCAGGGCUCCUACCAGAGGAACCUGAUGCCGGGCGCAGACAUGCCCAUCUACACCAACCUGAGCAGCUACAACCCCAACCAGCUGCCCUCCUCUUACCCCGGCGGCCAGAUGGCCUACGCCUCGCCCCACGGCCCUCAGACCCGGGGCCCGGACGCUCCGCAGACGGUGCCCGAGGUCCCUCACCCGCCCGGGGCCGACCCGGCCAGCUCCCCGCCCUCACUCUCUCCCAUCAACCUGGAGACCCAGGAGCGGAUCAAGGCGGAGCGCAAGAAGCUGCGGAACCGCAUCGCCGCCUCCAAGUGCCGCAAGAGGAAGCUGGAGAGGAUCUCGCGGCUGGAGGAGAAGGUCAAGGUGCUGAAGACGCAGAACUCGGACCUGGCCUCCACCGCCAGCAUCCUGAGAGAGCAGGUGGCUCAGCUCAAACAGAAAGUCAUGAAUCACGUCACUAAUGGCUGCCAGAUCGCCGUCAGCUCAGCCGGCAUGGCCAAGAGUGGCGAGAGCACCAGCUGCUGAAACCA